AUGUCUUCAAACCAAUCGCUGAAUCAAGAGUUACGCGAAUCGAAGCGAGAGUUACAGGAAAUCAACGAACAGAUCAUGACUUUGAGGUCGAGGAAGAGACAGUUGGAGACGCGGAUCAAGUCGAUGGAGACAACUCUGCAGACAAUGAGCCACACGUCAAACGAUAGCCGCUUCGAUGGCAAUGAGUUUGAAUGGUCCAAACGGGUUGAGCACCUCUUGCAGGCGGUCUUCAAACUGAAGACAUUCCGGUCGUACCAAUUGAUGGCAAUUAAUGCCACCCUUUCUGGCAGUGAUUGCGUUCUUGUGAUGCCUACGGGUGGCGGCAAAUCCCUGUGCUUUCAGUUGCCGGCUCUCAUCGGCGACGGUCUCACUGUUGUUGUCUCACCGCUCAUAUCAUUAAUGGAGGAUCAGAUGAAUGGUCUCAAAGCGCUUAAUAUACCGACGGCUGUCAUCAGCGGUCAGACCACUCGCGAAGAGAACAAUGAGAUUCUGAAAUCGAUGGCCGAUCCGAAGGGCACUCUUAUAUUAGUUUACGUGACGCCCGAAAAGAUGGCAAAAUCCAAGAGAUUUAUGUCACAAAUGGAGAAAUGCUAUCGAAAUAAACGACUCAAUCGUAUUGUCAUCGACGAGGUCCACUGCUGUUCCCAAUGGGGUCACGACUUUCGCCCGGAUUAUCAAUUUUUAGGUGUAAUGAAGACUCAAUUCCCGGACACUCCUAUCUUAGGCCUGACAGCGACCGCAACCUCUGCUGUCAUUCUAGACAUACAGAAGAUAUUGAGUAUUGAGGGCUGUAUUGUAUUGAAGGACUCGUUCUUUCGCUCAAAUCUGAGAUAUUUUAUCAAAAAAGUUGAUUACAAAAGAGAGGAACAGAUCGAGAAAAUAGCGAAACUGUUGAAAACAAAAUAUGCGAAACAAUCGGGAAUUAUAUACUGUUUGACAAUCAAAGACGUCGAGGAAGUGACCGAAAAGCUGAAAUCAUUGGGUGUAAAGGCGGGCGCAUAUCACGCACAACUUGAACCACAGGUUCGGUCACACAUUCACCGAAAGUGGUCUCAAAACUUAUGUCAAGUAAUCGUCGCAACCGUUGCCUUCGGAAUGGGAAUCAAUAAACUCGACCUCAGAUUUGUUAUACACUUUUCAAUGUCUAAGUCAUUGGAAAACUAUUAUCAGGAGACGGGAAGAGCCGGAAGGGAUGGACAGCCGGCCGAUUGUCUCCUCUAUUAUCGAUUCCAAGACGUCUUCCGUACCACUAGUUUAGUCUUUAGUGAGAAGAAUGGUUUGUCGAACGUGUACUCAAUGCUCGCCUAUUGUCUCAAUGAUAAGACGUGUCGAAAAGAACAAAUGGCCACAUAUUUCGGUGACAAAUGGAAGAACAAUUGCGACCAAAUGUGUGACAACUGUAUGAAUAGGGAUGAGUCGAGUGAAACAGAUGUGACCAAACAUUUACUGAAUGUAAACCAAAUACUGAACAACGCGUCCAAAAUGAGCGAAAGGAUGACUGCAUUGAAAUUAAUGGACGCCUGGUUUGCGAAGGGAAACAAGAAGUUAAGAGUCGAUGGCAUCCAAAGCCCAAGUAUUGGACGCAAUGUUUGCGAACAAAUCAUUGGUUUAUUACUAAUCGAUGGUUAUCUCAAAGAAGAGUUUCAUUUCACGCCCUAUUCGACCAUCAGUUACCUAACAGUGGGCUCGCGUUCACUCACACGAUCUAAAGACAUGAAAAUCACUUAUUUUCUCAAUUCGUUGUCACAAAAGCGAUCAAAUAAAACACCGAAAGUGAAGACAAUUAAAAAACAGAAAACAAGUGAUAAUAAGGAGUCUGUGAUUACAAUCAAUGAUAACUCUAUGAUAACAAUCGAUGAAUCGGACGAUGAAAUGAAUGACAUAACUGUUUUAUAA